AUGACUGCCAAUGGCAAACUGAUCUUCGCACCAGGUCACCCUCCCCAAGACCCUUCCCAGGAGGGGCAACAACAUGACCAGCAGCCACCUCGGGCCGCACAGUUCAGCCACUCCAAGCUCCGCCGCUCAGACCUUUCCCCAGACCCAUUCAUCCAAUUCCACACCUGGUUCACCGACCCUUUACUACAGGCCGCCGUGCCCGAAACCGUGACUUUGUCAACGGCCUCGCUGCCGAGCGGCCGCGUGUCCAGCCGCACCGUCUAUCUGAAGGAGCUCGACUCGCGCGGCUUCGUCAUCUACUCGAAUUUCGGCACGUCGCGCAAGUCCAAGGACAUCGCCACGAACAAGCACGCGAGUCUCUGCUUCUGGUGGAAGCCCGUGGAGAGGCAGGUGAGAGUCGAGGGGGUGGUGGAGAGGCUCAGUGCCGAGGAAAGUCAGCUUUAUUUCGACACGAGGGCCCGAGGGUCGAGGAUCGGAGCGUGGGCGAGCCAGCAGACGAGUGUCCUAGAGCCUCGAUCGUCGUCGUCGUCAUCAUCGACAACGGCGGCACCAGCCACGCUGCAGCAGAAAGUGGACGGUGAUGCUGGAACUGGAGGGGUGUCAGCGGAGGAGGAAGAGGAAGACGACGGCCGAGCUGCCCUCGAAGCUCGUGUCAGAGACGUCGAGGCCCGGUUCGAGGGGCAAGAACAGAUCCCCGUGCCGCCGUUCUGGGGUGGACUGAGGAUCAUUCCUGAGGCGAUCGAGUUCUGGCAAGGCCGGGAGAGUAGACUACACGACCGGUUCCUGUACACACGGAUAGAAGGAGACGUUGGACAGGGCGGUGAGGCGAAGUGGAAGAUCGAGAGACUGAGCCCAUAA